AACAUCAUCAAUUUGAAAGAUUGCAGGUCUCUUCUGAAACAAGUAUGGUGGAGCCGUGGAGGUAUUGCCGUUCUGUCUAAGAUUCACAGAGAGAAUGGUUUAGUAGCUGAUGCUCUUUCAAAGUUAGCACACCAGAAUCGCAAUGGGGAGACUCUAUUAGCUCCGCUUACACUCUUGUACGCAGAGGAGGAUACGUGUUUCCGCUGCGCGAAUUUCUGAAACGCAGAGCUACGAAGCAGCAUAAGUAGAAUCUUGCUCUGCUCUGUGAUUGCCAUGGCGGCGAAAGCAAGUCCUUCAUCGAACCUCCACAAAUCCGUUGCCAUUUCUAAGGGAUACAACUUCGCCUCAACUUGGGAACAGAAUGCUCCCCUCACCGAGCAGCAGCAAUCUGCGAUUCUUUCACUCUCUCGUGCUGUUGCUGAGCGGCCGUAUCCUGCCAAUCUGGCCCUAGAGCAUGCCCCAAGAGCGGAGAAUGGCGGCUUGACUGUCUCUACUAAGGACAGUGCUAUGAGAGAAACUCAAGGAAUUGAAGCAGUUUUAGUCAAUACGAAUCAAUUUUACAAGUGGUUCACAGAUCUUGAAUCAGCCAUGAAAUCUGAGACAGAGGAAAAGUAUCAGCACUAUGUGAGCACAUUAACAGACCGCAUUCAGACUUGUGAUGAUAUACUUCGCCAGGUAGAUGAAACACUAGACCUUUUCAAUAGCUUACAGUUGCAGCACCAAGCAGUAGCUACAAAGACAAAGACUCUCCAUGAUGCUUGCGAUAGACUGGUAGUAGAGAAGCAAAGACUAGUGGAAUUUGCAGAUGCACUUCGCAGUAAACUGAGAUACUUUGAUGAAUUGGAGAAUGUAAGGUUUGAACCUCUCUUAACUAGAGUCACAAUUUCUUCCAAUUUUUAUUCUCCAAACAUGAAUGUUGGAAAUGGAAACUUUCUACCUCUACUGAAGCGGCUGGAUGAGUGUAUAGCGUAUGUUGAAAGCAAUCCACAAUAUGCCGAAUCAAGUGUUUACUUGCUCAAAUUUCGGCAACUGCAGUCUCGAGCCCUCGGCAUGAUUCGCUCUCAUGUUCUUUCAGUCUUGAAAGGCGCUUCUUCUCAGGUCCAAGCAGCUAUCCGGAGCUCUGGUGGCAGUAAAUCAUCUAUGUCUGAAGGUGUGGAAGCAUCCGUUAUCUAUGUUCGGUUCAAGGCAGCUGCUAGUGAGCUCAAACCUAUACUGGAGGAGAUUGAAGGUAGAUCUGCUAGAAAAGAACACGUACUGAUGCUUGCAGAAUGCCAUAAGUUGUAUUGCGAGCAGAGGCUUUCGUUGAUAAAAGGCAUAGUGCAGCAACGGAUAUCUGAGUUUUCCAAGAAAGAAGCUUUGCCAUCAUUAACUAGAUCUGGUUGUGCAUAUCUGACACAGGUAAUGUUGUUAACCCUUAAACCCGCUGGUUGAUUUGAUGAAUUAGCUUUUUGUCCCUUAUUUUAGAUUUUCCAAUUCACCAAGAAAUUUUAUGUAUGCCAUGAAAUCUGGCAUUAGUAAUUUGGUUUCUUACUGGUAUCAUCACUACUGGCUUGGUAUCAAAGGGGAAUCAUCUAGUCAAACUCUGUCUGCAUGAGAUGAGGGGCAUGUAUAUGGUUCUCUUCAAAUAGCUUGCAGGCUUCAUAUGCACUAUGCAAACUAAUACUAGGCUAGCCAUUGCUGUGGUUCCAUGAUUGAUCCACGAAGAGCCAUACUAGAACCUCCUUGUUAUCUUACACCACUAUGGACAUUAAUUUUCUUGUCGAGCCAUUAUGUUGCUCACUUAAUUCCUAUGCAUUCACUAUUCUUCGUGGUUUUGGAAAUUCGCUCCUUGAAGGUACAUGUUCAUGUCUAGUUUUUCUUUCCAUUUCAUGAAAGACUUCUAUCCAUUUUCCUAAGUCCACCUCCAUAAUUGCAGGUAUGUCAACUUGAGCAACAGCUCUUUGAUCACUUUUUCCCAUCUUCUUCAGAAGAUAUCUCUAGUUUGGCUCCACUGAUAGAUCCUCUGGCAACAUACUUGUAUGACACCCUACGACCAAAACUUAUACAUGAGACAAAUGUUGAUCUUCUGUGUGAACUUGUUGAUAUACUAAAAGUUGAAGUCUUGGGAGAGCAGCUUAGCAGGAGAAGCGAGUCACUUGCUGGGCUGCGUCCGACACUGGAAAGGAUUUUAGCUGAUGUUCAUGAACGCCUGACAUUCCGUGCUCGAACUCAUAUCCGUGACGAGAUAGCAAAUUACAUUCCAUCUGACGAAGACUUGAAUUACCCUGCCAAGCUAGAACGGAUUAAUGAGACAACGUCUGAAACUUCUUCGGUUGAUGAAAAUACAGAGCUGUUUAAAUCUUGGUAUCCGCCUCUGGAGAAAACUUUAUCAUGCCUUUCUAAGUUGUACCGUUGUCUUGAACAAUCCGUGUUCACUGGUCUGACAGGAAGCAGUGGAAGUUUGUGCUGAUUCCAUUCAAAAAGCUAGCAGGCUGAUUGCUAGGAGAACAACAGCAAUGGAUGGGCAGCUUUUCCUUAUUAAGCACCUUCUAAUAUUAAGGGAGCAGAUUGCACCUUUUGAUAUAGAGUUCUCAGUCACACACAAGGAGCUAGAUUUCUCUCAUUUACUGGAGCACCUGAGACGGAUACUUAGAGGUCAGACCUCACUAUUUGAUUGGUCAAGAUCAUCCUCUUUGGCAAGAACCUUAUCUCCUAGAGUGCUAGAAAGCCAAGUUGAUGCCAAAAAGGAACUUGAGAAAAGCCUAAAGGCCACGUGCGAGGAGUUCAUCAUGUCGGUCACUAAAUCAGUUGUGGAUCCAAUGCUCUCAUUUGCAACAAAGGUGACGGCAGUGAAAGUUUCCCUGUCUGCGGGUAGUCAGAAUCAAAGAGCAGAUUCCAUCAUGGCCAAGCCGAUCAAGGAUCAAGCUUUUGCUUCUCCCGAGAAGGUGGCUGAACUUGUUCAGAAGGUUCAUGCUGCCAUCCAGAAAGAGCUGCCACCGGUGAUGGCCAAAAUGAAGCUCUACCUGCAGAACCCUUCAACUCGAACGAUACUUUUCAAGCCCAUCAAAACGAACAUUGUCGAAGCUCACAUUCAGGUCCAGUCGCUGUUGAAAGCGGAGUACUCCCCUGAAGAGCAAAACACCAUCAACAUGGUGCCCAUUCCAGAAUUGCAAGCACAGCUCGACAAACUCCUAUGAAUCGGUUGUACUAUGUUAUGUAUAGUCUACACACAAAACCUGCUUCUUCUUGCUCGUUUCCCAUCACCGGAUCUUUCAUCAACUAGUGCAGUCGUAAUGUGUUAUUUUGCUAUACAAAUUCGGUUUUUACGACAUUAUGCGGGAACUGUAAUGUCGUGUUUAUUUCUGUAGGAUUUGAUGCUGGGUUUUCCGAUGUCGUGUUAUUUUGCUAUACAAUUUUGGUUUUUACGACAUUAUGAGGAAACCGUCAUGAGGCAAAUUAAUUUCUUAGGAUG